UGUACAUAUACCGCACAGUAAAACAAGUUUCAACGCCGCAACGCAAAAUAGCUUUCAAUUGUCGCUGGCGGUGCGCCAUGAAGUUCAUUAGCCAUUUCAUACGGGUAUCGAGCAGACGCAUUCCUCCAUUCCUCCACAGAAUCCAGAAUCCAGUCCACACAUUCCACAUCCAGAGACGCGCCAUGGAAACGACAGUGCAUUCAGCGGGUAUAAAAGAUGUCUAUGAUGUACCGAUGAGUGCGAUCCAGCGUCCCAUACCCUCCAUAUUGGAUGAGCAGAAAGUGGCAUCGCUAAUGGAAACCAUCAAGGGCGAGACCAGCGAGGAGGAGGUGCCACCAAUUGACUUGCUGUGGAUAACGGGCGGCGAGGGCGGCAACUACUACUUCAGCUUUGGCGGCUGCCACCGGUACGAGGCGUACAGGCGCCUGCACCGUGAAACCAUAAAAGCCAAACUUGUGCGCUCCACAGUGCGAGAUCUCUACCACUACAUGGGCUCCAGUGCGCCCAUAUAUUUGGCCUAACAAUGUUUUCGAUUUUAAA